CCUCACUCCACCUCGAUCGACCUUCUCCAUCAUCGCGCCCAUCACCAUCGCGGCGUCCAGCCUAGCCAUGACGACCGCCAUGCCGUCAAUCGCCUGCCUCGGCGUCAUCGGGCGCAACAACAAUCCGCUGCAUAUGUCCAUCUUCCCGUCGCACGACCCCUCGACCAACGCCUUCGCCCCGAUCCGCACGCCCCUGCAGUUCUCCCUCCUGCUCUCCUCCACCGUCGACGUCUUCGACCUGCGCGCCAAGCAAAACGCCGCCGCGGGCGUGGGCCUGUCCGGCGACGUCGGCCUGCUGCACGCCGUCGACGACCGCCUCGCCGCCUACGGCUUCGAGACCAACACGGGCGUCCGCAUGGUCUGCGUCGUGGACAUGCGCGGCCGUCGCGUCGAUGCCGCCGUCACACACUCCGGGAGCGGCGGCGCCCCGGGUGCUGCUACCGUGGCGGCUGGUUCGCUAUCGUCGUCAUCGUCGGCUUUGUCGCCGCCCACGUUCGGGGGCGGCGUCGGUGCCGGGCGCUCCUUGACCGCGGGGCUUAGGGACGCGGAGCUCAAGCCCGUGUUUAGGGCCAUGCAGACGGCGUAUGUGAGGCUGCUGCAGAACCCGUUCUUCGAGCCGGAUGAGCAUGCGCCGCUGGGGGGACGCGGCGGGAGGAGGAUCACGAGCAAGAAGUUCGCCGAGGACAUGAAGAGGAUAGGGGAGAGCUGGACACCCGGCGUGACAAAUCUGUGAAGUGAAGAGACAUCCCCAUCCACCCAUAGAUGGGCACCAUUGAGAGGUUCAUUGCAUGGCGUUCCGGUUCGGCCUCAGAGGUGGCAAUGGCAUUCACACAAAGACUAUUUCCCCCACGUUGUAUAUCCUGAUGUUGCGUCUCUGUCUCUAAUAUGACUGACUGACGGACUUCCGAGCUCGCGCUCGGCGCUGUGAUGC